AUAAUCUUGUACUUGUAGUAAAUAUUAGUCUAGAAAUUUUACAUAACUUAUUUUCACAUCUAUACUAUUUAUAUAAAGAGAUCCAAUUUUAUUUUUUAAAUAUUUUUUUCAAUCAAAAUAUUUAUUUUAUAAACUUAUUUAGGUUUGAAAAAGUUUUAUAUCUGAUGAGUUUUUGAAAGCUAGACCCCUCAAGUGGUAUUGUGUAAUUCGUGACAACAUCAUCAUCAUCAUGCCUUUACGUUUAAAGCAGCGCAUUGUGAAUUGAGAAAAUUGGUGGAAAAUUUUGGAUGACUUAUUUUCCAGCAUCGUCAGAUUAAUCUAUUUUCUUUUUGGAAUUAAUAAUGAUCAUUAAUUUAUAAAUUUGACAAUUAUUAGCUGAUUUCAGUUCUGAAAAGAUAAAAGUUAAAGAACAAAAUACCCAACAAAAGAGUUACAACUCUACCAGUUUUAAAAUACUUUAUAAUUUUGAGAAUAAAAAUGGUCAUUUAUUGUAGUAUAACCAUUUUUAAGUGUUUUUAUUCUCUGAAAGAAGAUAGGCUGAGUUGAAAACAGUAACGUGAUUUCUUGUUUUUAAAAUUAAAACAGAACGGUUGAGUAACAGUUCUAAACGUUUCCUGCUGAUAGGGUCUUCUUCACAGAAUAUUACAAAAAAUAAAUUUUUAUAUUUAAAAAUAAUAAUAUUAAAUAAAUAUAAUAAAUUUAUGUAUCAAAAUCUUAUUUUUCAAUAAUUAUAUUGAGUGAUGAUAAAGGAGUCUACACUUUUGAAAUUUUGAAACCCUUUCUGCAAAGAUGAUUGCUAGAACCCCACCAAAACAAAAUAGAAUGGUGAUUCUGAAUCCUGUUCUAAUCAGAGAAACACUCAACAAGGUAGAUCAGUGCAUGGUUCGACUACAAGAACUUCAGUACACUGUGGCCGGUGGAACGACGGUGGUUUCAGGGGUAAGUAUCGUCCCUCCGACCACCACUUUCAGGUGCAAGCAAGAAUCAGUCAGGAACAAGCAUGAUGCAGCAAGAAGAUCUCGAGCGAGUGAAGAAUGGAGGCAAAUGUCAUUGUCAGCAAUGCUUGUUGAUGAAACUGUGGGAGAAAUUUUACAGGCAAGUCGAUUUGCCAGAGAAAUAGUUUCAGCUGUGAGUAAGAAAACUGUCAUCAAGGCCCCACAAACUCCACUGUCUAAACUGUCAAAUCAGAAAGUUAAGCCUGAAAAUACACAGCUCCAUGAUAGAAGGAAGAAAGAGAAACAGAUAAAAGUAGUUUCUGAUUCCCCACAACCUCUGCGAGCUCGUUUUAGGAUCAACUUUAAGGUUUCUCCUCCAAAACCUGCAGAGUUUCAGAAACAGAAUAAUAAUGUUGAGUGUUUAAAGGUAUCUACCAAGAAUAGACCUUUGUUCUUCUCUACACAUUCUUCAAGGCAGCAACAGUUUUGCAAGUGUUUGAUGAAAUGUCCAGCUGAAAAAGCUUCCCAAUUUCAAGGCAAAGUUAAAAACCCAUCAACUGUUUCUAUUUCCUCUUCGCUUCCGAGACCUGCGACUAGGAAUUUGAGUUUAAGCAAGAAAAAAAUUGAGAAAAAAAUUCGAUCUUUCUCUCCUUCUAGAGUGGCGGCGAGAUUAUUAGCUUCCUCGCCAUUAAGGAAUAAGAAAACUGAGAAAAAAAAUGACGGGGUAGUGAAUUUGAGAAAGAGUUCUUCAAAGGGAUCACUUACAUCAAAACUAUGUGGAUCUUUCUCUCCUUCAAGAUUGGCAACCAGAUUUUUUCCUCCGUUGAAGAGCAAGAAAAAUGCACAGCAAAGUGAUGGAACAGUGAAAUUCCCUCCUCCAAAAUUUUGAAAUAUAUAUAUAUAUAUAUAUAUAUAUAUAUAUA